CCACACACACACACACACACACACACAUAUAUCUCCACUGCAGCUCACAAAACGCAGAACCUCCAAAAGGAAACAACUGUAGCCUCCGGAGAGGAAAUGAAGAGGCGGCUGCACAAGAAAUACCUGGUUUUGAUCCUGGCAUACACAGGUUUACUUCUGCUAAUCCCCUACGUGUUGGAUUACGGGGAUAAAUCCGUGCACCACAAUAAUAAACUGCGGCAGCAACAGCCCAGAUGCCCAGAUUUGGAGAAGCUUUGGGAUGAUAACGGUAACGCGUCGGAGCAGCACGCCGUCAACAGGAGCCAAACUCGGAUACACAUUUACCUUCAUGCCACCUGGAGAACCGGAUCCUCGUUCCUGGGGGAGUUGUUCAACCAGCACCCCGAUGUCUUCUACCUGUAUGAGCCCAUGUGGCACAUAUGGCAGGCUCUGUACCCGGGGGACGCUGCAAGCCUGCAGGGUGCGGUGCGGGACAUGAUGAACGCCUUGUACCGGUGCGACUUCUCCGUGCUCAAGCUCUACGCAGGCUCUCAGAACAUCACCACCUCCUUCAUAUUCGGCUGGAAGAUGAACAAGGUGAUCUGCUCCGAGCCGCUGUGUGAUGCUCACAAGAGGCACGACAUCGGGCUGGUGAAGGAGGAUCAGUGCGCAAAGUGCAAGAAGAGGGACAUCAGAGAUCUGGAGAGGGAGUGUAAGAAGUACCCGGUGAUGGUGAUCAAAGGAGUCCGUGUGCUGGAUCUAAGCACGCUGGUUCCUCUCAUGAAAGACCCGGCGAUCAACCUGCAGAUCAUCCAGCUCUUCAGAGACCCGCGGGCCGUGCACAACUCCCGGCUGAAGUCCAAGCAGGCCCUGGUGAAGGAGAGCAUCCAGGUGCUGAGGAGCAAGAAGCAGACGGAUAAAUACAAGCGGCUGCUGGUGCCAAACAACAGGGUGAACCGGGCCGAGAGCUACGUCUCCAGCGCCAUGGAGCUCAUCUGCGACAACUGGCUGAGCGACAUGAUGCUGGUGCUGAACGCCCCCCCCUGGGUGAGGAGGAACUACCUCCGGGUCCGCUACGAGGACCUGGUUCUGCAGCCCAUGGAGGAGCUGCAGAGGCUCUUCCUCUUCUCAAAUCUCACCAGCUCCCCGGCGCUGGACAGCUUCGCCCUCAACAUGACGCACGGACACGGAUACUCCUCCGACAAACCCUUCCUCAUCUCCUCCAGGGACGCCAAGGAGGCCAUUUACGCCUGGAGGGAGAGGCUGAACGUGGAGCAGAUCAACCAGGUGGAGGCGUACUGCAGCGAGGUGAUGAGGCAGCUGGGCUACGAGAAGAACAGCGGGGACAAAACCACAUGAAGAGGUGCAACGCAUGGGUGCAGGGGCCUGGUGUUCAGCGCUGAAGGCAGAAGGUGGAAUAAGAAAACAGGCAGCAGGAAUGUGCUCCGCUGGGAGAGUCCAGCCCUACAGACGAGGAGGCUCGACGAACUGCAGGAAAAACAUGGGGAGCAGAGGAACUGAAGAACGGGGGAGAAGGCUGCUUAUUCUGGCAGUGUUACAUGUUUAACACCAUGCAGACAGAGAGAGUGUGGGAGGGGGAAUAAACGCUGGCCAGCCUCCACCCUUCUGUCCUUUUUAGUAGCACUAAUCCUCCUCAAAUCCCCGGCAGCCGAGUGCCAUAAAAAGCCCGAGAUGGCGACGUCGGAGCGGGGGGUGCAGAGAGUCGGUUCUCUCUCACCUGCGAGGCUUAUCAUACAGACAGUGCGGUAAUCUGCAGCAUUACUGACACUUGGCUGUAGCUGGCUCUCUAACAAUGCCAAUGAAGUGCUUUGAAAGAAGAAACUACAGUAUGUGUGUGGAAAAAAGAGGCCGGACUGAGGAGCCGUUGUCGUCGUCCCCCCCUCACCCCCCGGCCCCUGAGGAAUCCAGACAGCUGCAGCACCCCGCUGACAAAACACUCACGAGAGUGUGAAAUCCUCUAAUAUCACACGGACGUGUCUGGAGGAACUUUCCUAGCAACGUUUUCACAAACACACGGUACUGAUUCUUACUGUUUUUAUAUUACAUCUAUAAUGUUAAAAAAAUGCUGCGACAUGCCUCUGGGUUAAAGAUGGAGGAAGUGUUCCAGCAUCAACGUGUUCAACUUCAGAAGUUGGUUCUGGGGGGGAAACCUGCAAGAAAUAACGUUUAGAUAAUUGACCUCAAUGUUUGUAAAAAAUAGAAAGAGAAAUGUGUGUUAUUGCUAUUCAUUGGGAGGAACCUUAAACAUGUAAUCUUCUCUCAAUCAAUAGUGGUGCAGGAAUGAGUCCUAAAACCCUGAGCAUGUUAGCGUUACUGAAGCUUCUAUGUGUCCUAAGAGCGUCUAAGUGUCUAAAUGAGACAACUAAACGUCAUCUUGCCGACCAUUAGCCGCCUUUAACUUAGCGGUGGUGUCGUUUCUUUAUAGCCUAAUGUUAGCUUUUUACUUGUUUUUACUACUUCAUGGUUAAGGACAGUAAAUAAAUCAGUUGGAUGUUUAAAAUCGGAGUUUCUCCCUUUACGCUGUUCGGCCGCUGCUGACGUUUUUACAGUUUUUUUUUUUUACAUCAUUGAGGUUUUUAUUAGAAGCCAAAUUAUCCGCAAAGGUCUCCUACUCUGCAGAACAAAUAUUCUAUGGUACCGCUACAAGCUAAAGGACGUUUUCCAGCAUCCACGUGUUCAACUUCAGAAGUUGGUUCUGUAAUGGUUCUGGGGGGAAAACCUGCAAGAAAUAAUGUUUAGAUUAUUUAAACUGACCUCAAUAAAGAGUUUGUAAAAACUAGAAAAGAGAAAAA